UUUGGUUUUCCCUCGCUUACGUUUCUUCAUUUCUUUCUUCUCAGUUCUCUGUCUUUUGCUUCUUCGAUCAAAUUAGGGCUCCUCCAACGCCAUCCCCGUCUUAUCGCCGGCGCGAUUCUCUUCCAUAACAGCUAGGAUCCCGUCAACGCCGGCAAAGUUUGCCUUUUUUUUUCCCCGCUAAUUCUAUAGGGGACAAAAAUUCGUCAAUGGAUUCCGCUGUUACUUCUUCCUCUUCGAGUUCGCCAUCUCCUGUGGAUUACAUCGUCUUACUGAUUCUCCGUCCAAUUGCUGCCAUCUCUUUCGUGUUCGUGUUCAUAGCUCUAGGUUGGUUGUUAGCUUGGAAGCUGGUGCUGGUUCACGUCCCGCUGGUUCAAGAGAUUUUCGGUCUUCGUAAGAAACCUGCUAAACUCAAACCCCAGACUCGACGAUUGUCAAGAUACUACAACAGCAUCAACGCCCGUAAUUCUUCUGUUGCUGGACCUGGGAUUGAAGAAGCUGAUAGAUGAUGUCAUUCCAGAUGGAACAAAGCCAAACCCUCCCAGAGAUCUGCCCAUUUCCGGGUGAAUGAACUUCUUGAGCAUUCUCAGAUCCUCGCCGAGAUCGUAAGAAAUUGACGGCCUGAAAUGAUGCUGAAGUAAUAUUUACUUUUACGGCUAUUCGAGAGUAGGGAGUUGCUUGUGACUUGAAACCGAGCUCGUUUAGAGGCUCAGUUUCGUAAGUUGUAUCAAAUGUUCAUAGAUGAACUUUGAGAUAAUGUUUUCUUGAUUUUUUAUGGCCCUUUCACAGGCUUUAUUUUGUACAGCACCGAAGAGGCUCUGUUUUGCUUCAAUGACAAGGAAGCAGUAACGUAACGAAGUAUAAAAGGUGCUUCACAGC